GCUUAGCGGACUACGGUCGGUCAACAACAACUGAACUAGAAUAUCAGUAUCAGUUACGGAGUUUGUAAACCAAUUGCCCACUUCGACACGUCUCGACUUCAUUGUCCUUCGUUCUUGUUGAUUCAGUGAGUACAAUGUUCAUGUUGCUCUAGCGUUAUGGAGCUGGAAGCUUUGCCAUUGAUGAGAGAGUUAGGCCUGACAAAUCAGGAUAUUGUUUUCUUGGGAGAAGUGCGAGUGAGGCAAGAAGAUGAACUUGGUCGUGGCUCCGAUGCACUCGUGUACCGGCUGAACUGGCAGGGAAUAGAUAUCGCCCUGAAGGUUCUGCAUCCCAUUUUGAUUGAGCCUGGUGUUCUGGACCGGGAGAGGAAAAUCCGUUCAUUCGGCCAAGAGGUAUUCCGUCUCAGUCGCAUCCACCACCCCAACCUAUGUCAAUUGCUGGGCAUUGCCAGGGUUGGGCGAAACGCUGCUCUCGCGUUGGAGUUGCUGACUUCGACGUUGGAAGAGUUGAGUAUUGGUGAGGGUCGGGAGGAUGGCUUGAAGUUGAUCGGCUACCUCUGCGACACGUCGGCUGGUAUCAGAUACCUGCACGUUCGUGGUAUAAUCCACCGGGACCUCGCACCGAAGAAUGUGAUGAUCAAGAACGGAGUCGCAAAGGUAUGCGAUUUUGGUGUGGCGAAAUUCGUACGUUUGGCAUCCCCUCGUCAACAGCAGCACCAGGUGCAGGCGGCUCGAAUGGACAUGACCCGUUGCCCCGGAACGCUGGUUUUUAUGCCACCGGAGGCUAUGGUAGAGGAACCAGACUAUGAUCGUCCGCUGGAUAUCUUCUCGUUGGGAGUUACGCUACUGGCUGUUAUCACUGGUGUUAUGCCUGGGAUCGACCUGAUCAAUGCCCCGUCCAUUGUAAUCGUCCGCGACACCGCCAGUGGACGGGAAACGACGCAGGUGGUGGCGGAGACAAGACGGCGUGCUGCUUAUCUGCGGCGACUGGCAGAUGACCACCCACUGAAGCCGCUAGCAGUUCGCUGCCACUCCAAUGAACCGAGCGAGCGACCGACCGCCGAGGAAGUACACGAGGAGAUGAAGCGAGUGUUGCAGCUAUUCACCAGCCUUUCGUCGCCUCAUCCUUCCAAUGUACCACCGGCUGUUGUACGUCGACUGGACUCUAUCUCCGAACAGCUAGCCGAGCAAGCUACGUCCAUCACCGCGCUGUCCGCGCGGAGUGAUACGCUAGAGGAACAGCUCACAGCGGCCAUUACCAACAACCAGACCACGACACCACAACAACUGAUGGAAACACAACAACAACUUGCAACGGCCAUUACAAACAACCAGGCAACGACACACCAACAACUUACGAUCAUCACCAACAACCAGACAGCGACACAACAACAACUGACUGCCACGCAGCAACAACUGACUGCUACUCAACAAGAAGUAUCCACUUUACGCAACGAACAAACCACCACUAGACACCAAGUACAAGCUCUGACCGACCGGCUGAAUGGUACAAACGACCGGCUCGACCACCAGACAACCACACUGACUGACCAACUCAGUGAUACAAACCAACGGCUCCAUCAACAAACAACCACACUGACACAGACUUCCCUACAAAUCUCUUCACUGCGUGACCAAGUUUCUUGUGUCUCUGACCAGCUGUCAAGGUUGUCUGCUUCAACCCAUCAGCUGCAGGUAUCCGCUCCAAGGCCUGCCACUGUACCAGGCGGCCGGUCAGGUUCUGCCACUGCCUCUGCUACAACCGCUAGGCUGCAGGUAUCCGCUCCAAGUCCUGCCACUGUACCAGGCGGCCGGUCAGGUUCUGCCACGGCCUCUGCUACAACCGCUAGGGCGAAAGCUACAGCAGCUGCAAGCACAACCGAAUCAGCCGUUGGUAGAGGAUAUCAUCUCUUACCUGCUAUGCCAACACCAACUCAGCUUGCAAACAUCAAGAAACGCAGAGAGUGGCAAAAGUUAGAAGUACGGCAGCAUGGCAAACAUGCCCUAGUAGCUACGUACAGUGACAAACUGGUUGCCGUGUGGUCUGAUGGUGUGGACGUCACAAAGAUCAUGGAGACAACAGACCUGCAGACAUGGCGCAGUAUUGACCUACCACGUGAAUACAGUAAGCUGGCUGUCCCAUCACUGGCAUCCCAUGGUGGUAUGCUGUACAUGCACUGUACCACACUCCCCAAGAGCACCACCAGGGGUGUGCGCUCUAUUCUGCAGUACUGCGACACACCAGAUAACGGUGAUGGCAGCCGCGGUGGUGGUGGUCGUCGUCGUCAAUGGGCCAAAGUUACGGACGUCCCGUCGCACUGUAGCCAUACCUGGUGUACUCUACAUGCAUGUGAUGAUGCUAUUUCUCUAUAUGGUGGCAAGCAUCGUGGAACAAAGCACAAACAUGUUAGUACCUACUCGAAGUGUUCUCUAGCUAGCAAGCAGUGGAGCUCUUCUUCAUCAUCCAAUACUAGCCUAGUAUUACCUUCAUUGCCACUACCAUGCUACAGUGCAUCACUUGUCACAUUCCCUGAUUCACUGUACUUAGUUGGUGGCGAUACAGGUUGUUUCUUCCAACACCAUGAUGGUAGGUGGGUUUCCACCAGUCCACCGGAUGGUGUUGAGCUGAAGUUUAGUGCAGCAUGCGCGCUGUCUGAGCAUAGCAUGGUUAUUUGCCCACGCACUCCUGCUGCUGAGUGUGUUGUACAUGAUAUUCUAUCUGGUCAGAGCUAUCCACUACCCGCUAUCCCUGCGGUGAGUAGGUGCACUCCAUCUCUCAUACUUUUUGGCAGUACCCUGGUACGCAGUGUAGCUGGUUUUGGCAGUUGUCCUGCUGCUCUGUACACACUGGAUAUGAGUGUGUGAGUGUAGUAGGUUACUAACUACAGUCAAUCACUGAUGAUAACUACAGUAUGCAAACUGUACUGCUUUUCACUUUCUUUCUGAUUAUCAGAAAUUUAAAAUCUUUGUUUUCACAUCACCGUCUGGCCGUCAAGUAAUUGUCUAGGUUUAUUCUGCCUCAUCCCCUGUAACAUAUACCCAGAUCUUUGUCCGUGAAUAUCACUCUUACCUGUACAUAAAAACUCAUGUCCCAACUCAAUCUGCGCCGGACAGAACUGUUUCGUCUUUCAUACUCAUUAUUUAUUUUUAUGUCUCUUUUUUUAAACUCUCUUUUAUUAUAAAUUCUACUUAUACCUUUAAGUAGAAAAGGGUUUUUCCCUGAACUUUUUCUUUCAGGAAAUAUUCUUUCACAAUGCCAUACCCGCCCUUUUCUUGAUGCCUCCGCAGCGGCCAUGUGAAUUUGGAGCUGAUAACU